ACUCGUACCGUAAACAUGCUGCUAACUGUCGUAAUUUCCUAGUUGCAGCCCAACCUGUCACACGGUAGCUAGAUUGAAAUUAAAUUUGUAUAGAAAAUUAUGGCAGACGAGGAGAAGCUACCAGCUGGGUGGGAGAAGAGAAUGAGUCGCUCUUCAGGCAAAGUGUACUACUUUAACCACAUCACCAAUGCCAGCCAGUGGGAACGUCCAGUGGGAGACGGUCGUGGAGAACCAGAUAAGGUACGCUGCUCUCACCUGCUGGUGAAACACAAUCAGUCACGUCGUCCAUCUUCUUGGAGGGAACAAAAUAUCACGCGAACUAAAGACGAGGCCCUGGACCUCAUUCAGAAAUACAUAGAAGAGAUCAAGUCUGGACAGGAGAAGUUUGAGUCCCUGGCCUCUCAGUUCAGCGACUGCAGCUCAGCUAAGAACGGAGGAGAUCUGGGAUUAUUUGGCAGAGGUCAAAUGCAGAAGCCCUUUGAAGAUGCCUCAUUUGCUCUCAAAGUGGGAGACAUGAGUGGUCCCGUUUUUACUGACUCUGGAGUCCACAUCAUCCUACGUACUGGUUGAAGGGAGGAGGCCACAAACUGUACUUUCCUCUUAUGUCUUCUCUUACACACACACACACAAACAUAUACAGAGCGAAACCCAGCCAGACCUGUGAUUUAUUUUAAUGACACACACUAUCCAAUAAACAAUGAUUAUGCGCUGAAUUGCAUUAUUUUAAGUGGGAUCUUUUUGCUCCAGUUACUAUUGAUGAAUUUAAUCUCACUGAACAUCAAGGAGUAUUGCAGAUUGUUCCUGCAUGACCUCGAGCUUUUAUUAACCGUGGCAGUGGCACAUUAGAAGUAAAAACACGCGAGAGCCUGUGACUCUGCUGAAGUGGUUGCCAAUGCGGUAACAGUUUCACAUGAUGCGCAAAGUUUGAGAAAGCAUCAGCAGAAGCGUGUGUUUUGCAUGUCUUCAUUUACUGUACGUUUCCUCCUGUCACCUUUUACAGUUCGACUUUAUGUGUGCCAAAGCGGUUCCACAUUAUUGUUUUAGACUCCUGAGAUGUUUAAAGGUGCUUUCUAACCAUUGCAGACCCCCUGCAGUCCAUGAAGGCGUUGUUGCAGAUAUUCAGUGGCAUAAAACCAGUUAUAUUCAUAGCCCACUUUGAAAGGUGCAUGCCCCCUCCCCCAUAGGAUAUGCAAAAAUGGCGCAGUCAAAAACUUGACCACAUUUUAACAAUCAGCUCUGCGGCUUUUAAAAGCAUCAAAGUUCAGAUGAACUGUUACACUGUUGUCAUGAGAUGUUUUUCUUUCAUCAUUAAAGAAUCUCUUUUUUUGUAA